AUGUCCCAAGAGCACAAGACCUUGACGUACCGUGUGCGUCAGCUCCCUCUCCAGUUUGGCAAGGCUGAAGUCAUCUCGACUUUACAACGGCAUCUUCAGCAAGACACGGACCCACCAGAGGGAUCGGAACAUAGCGUCGUCGUCGACCGCGAAUUUCUAGACUUUACAGUCCUUAACGAAGUUCACGAAGGGGAACACAUAUUAGACUGCAUCGCAUCGAAGCCAGUGAUUUUCCUCGCCCAUAGUCUGGGUGGGAUAAUACUCAAGGAAGCUCUUAUCAUCCUUGCAGGUAUCUCGGAUCAACAGCACUCUAUUCUGGGAAACCUCAAAUCUGUUAUCUUCUUCGGAACGCCACACAAGGGCAUGUCAACCGAGCAGCUCAUCACCAUGGUUAGACACCAGCCAAAUGAAGACUUGGUCCGAGAUCUUUCCCCGGACUCAUCGUACCUCUUCCAUGUUGAAGAGCGCUUCAACGGAGUUCAAGUACCUAGAGCAUUUAGAGUUGUCUCCUUCUAUGAGACGAAAACAACUAGAACUGUUCAGGAAAGCAAUGACGGCACAUGGUCAAGGACCGGCCCCCAUAUCCGCAUGGUGGACAGGCAAUCCGCGAUACAAGUCUGCUCUCGUGACCCCGAGGACAUCUACAGUAUCGACGAAGACCAUUCCGAAAUGGUCAAGUUCCCGGCCGGUGACUUGAACUACAAAUGCGUACUUGAUUGCCUCGGAAUGGCUACAUCCACCCUCCACAAAAACUCCAACCGGCAGUUUGGGAACGCUCCUCAUGCUUCGGAAGACACUCAUAGCAAAGUUGACGGCAACUUCGAUGGGGAGGCUGAAUCAUCUGCUGAUCCUACAAUGCAUGUCCCGGAUUCGGAGAAAACGUCUCCGAAAGGUUUGGCUCCCAUACAAACUUCAUAG